GUUAUUAUACAAUUUAAAUAACAAUUAACGAGGAUUGAAAAUGUGAGAAAAUGAUCAUUUGCGGAGUAGAAACUUUAUCCAGAAAAAUUGACUAUGGAAAGGCUCGUAACUCCGUGUGCAAUUGUAGUUGGACAGCAGCCCACUUUAAAAGCUUGAUUAACGUUACGAUGCCGCUUGUUGUGGUGUUGUGCAUAUAAAGAAAUACUAAAUCAAUUGUCAAUCAUCUAUCACGAUGGAGAUUUUGCGGGAUGAUGAAGAACAAGAGCUCAAAUAUAAACGUACGGGUCGUUUGGACAUGAGCCACGGUUUCUUACACCACAUUCGAAGGAACCAGAUCGCCAGAGAUGACUAUGAUAAGCAGGUGAAGCAGGCCAAUGAGCAUCAGAGGCCCAGGCAAACCACUACCCCCCGACACCCCCGACGUCCAGACAUCCAAGUGUACCAUCCUCGACGUGGAAAUGGAUCUGAGCCAGGAGUGGGUGCAGAGACUGAGGAGUGGAAUGAGAGUGGGUCCAGUACAGAGCCAGAGACCCAUGGAACUGAGCUCUUCUGGCUGGACUACCAGGCUGACUCUGGCCGUGUCACCUCCUACAUCGUACUCAAGGAGGAUAAGCCAGAGAGGGUGGUGGAGCGCGUAGCGGAGGAGAAUGUUCUGGACUCCACCAUGAGGGUGGCAUUGCAGGCCCGGGUUCGAAAGGAAAUGGAUAAACGGCGGAACAAACGCUGAAGGAAGAGACUGGAGUUAACAGAUAGUGGUGAUGAGAGGGUUGAGGAGGACCCAGAAGCCUCUGUUUACCAUCCAACCAACCCUCUCCCUGUAUGUAAAGAAUGCUAGUAGCAGAGGACUACUGUGGACCCUCAUCCUGAGGGACAGAGGGACUGUAAGCCAGGAUCUGAGUGACUUCACACAGCCAAGCCGUCCCAUAUGUGCUAGUGUACAACCAUGGGGAAUAGAUUGAUUUACAGAAGGGUAGAAAUGGAGCCGUCCUCAUAGCUCCUGUAUUGGGCUGGCAUUGGCUGUCAACCUGCUCUGACCAUUGGCUGUCAACCUGCUCCAAAGGACCGAGCUGAUAACAACCUGGACCCCUCUCUGAGCCACACCAGGCCCCAAAAACUGUAACCCCCCGUGAAUGUUCCUUUUACACCACACGGUGACAUCCUCAGCCCCAUAGAAAGUGUGCUGUGUAUUCUGUUUUAACAAAAUGUACUUUUUGUUUAUAUAGAUGUGGUUUAAAAAUAAUUUUUGGCAAAGUGCUGUUAAUGGGAUGACGUUGCAGUUAUGCGUUUUGUUUUCAUGAAAAAGUGACCAUUUUAUUUGCUCUGCAGGGUUACAUAUGAGGUCACUGUGACUGAAGUAGUAUGGUUGUUUCGUGAUCAAUCUACUUUGACCAUUAGGCUGGAGAGCAAAUAUUUUGGUCGUAACAGUUUUUUGUGUUUGUGUUACAAAUGUGCCGUGGUCUUUAACUUCUCUCUAUUCUAAUUUAUUUUCGAUUGGCCUAUAUUUUCUGAGAUACUUUUAUUUUUGAUAAUGUACAUUUCUGGAGAGGUCCUUAUAGUUUCAGUAUUACAUACUGUAUAUUACAUAUAUAUAUUUUCCAAAGGUGUUUAUUGGCUAUUUAUUCCCAAAAGGUGGUUGGUUGUAUACUGUAUGCAGAUUAGUGUACACAGUUUUGUUAAAGGUGGCCGAGAUUG